AGAGUAAAUUUAGUUGUCACGGAAUUGAGUUCCUUCACAGUCAAUUGAGUUCUCUCCACUGUUCCGGUUAUACUCUCUUAUCUCUCUGUAACUCUUUUCAUCAGCGCAAUCCAUCUAAACUACCAGGAGCCACCAGGAUGGUGUCAGCUGGACUACAGAUGCUGGGCACGGCCCUAGCAAUCAUCGGCUGGCUGGGGACUAUCAUUAUCUGUGCUUUGCCCAUGUGGAAGGUGACAGCCUUCAUUGGAGCCAACAUUGUCACUGCUCAGGUCAUCUGGGAGGGAUUAUGGAUGAACUGUGUGACCCAAAGCACGGGCCAGAUGCAGUGUAAGGUCUACGACUCUCUCCUGGCCCUGCCCCAGGAUCUACAGGCUGCCAGGGCUCUGGUUGUCAUCGCCAUCAUCGCAGGCUUGUUUGCCAUCCUACUGGGUGUCGUCGGGGGGAAAUGCACCAACUUUGUUGAAGACGAGAAUUCCAAGGCAAAGGUGGCUGUUGCUAGUGGGGUCGUCUUUCUGAUUACUGCCCUUCUGGUCCUGGUUCCUGUCUGCUGGUCGGCCAACACCAUCAUCAGGGACUUCUACAACCCCCUUUUGAUCGAGGCCCAGAGAAGGGAGCUGGGGGCUUCACUCUACAUUGGGUGGGGAGCAGCAGGGCUGAUGAUCCUGGGUGGAGGGCUCCUCUGCAGCUCCUGCUCCAAAAAUGAGAAGAACUAUGAUUACAAAUACUCCAAGGCUGGUGGUUCUGUGGCUGCCAGCAGCAAAGCCUACGUCUGAAUGGUGAGACCUCCCACAACCGGGGAGCCUGUCUUGGUCAGAGGACUGAAGGGAUCGUUCAGUCGGACUCUCCAGGUCGUUCACUGUGCUGUUUAAAUGUUGUUGUUUUUUAAGAAAGGUUUUGCCAUGUUCCUUGUACUCAUACUGUUUCUCAAAAGUGUGAAAUUGCUUAUUUUGUAUAGGCUUUUGUUUUACUGUCAUGCGUAUCUAUGGUACCACAUUGAAAUUGAUGUUUAAGUUUAUAUUUGUGAGUUGAAUGUGUUUUGGCUAAAUAUUUACUUAUCUACAAAGUACAAAAUGUGAUAUGAAUAUAUUUUUCAUAUAUAUGUUUAUAUACACAUAAUUAUAUAUUUUGAAACAUGUUAACUGUUCAGUAAUUGGUGGAGUAAAUAGUUAAGGAGUAAACUGAAAUAAACUGUUUUAUUGUCACAUGGCCAACCUAAUAUUAUUUGUAAUGUUAUUAUUCUGUAUUAUAUACAUCUUCCAAUGUAUUUUUCUUUAUACGAAAACAAGUAUUCUGUUAUAACAAAUAAAUAUUUUAAGAAACAAC